UUCUGUCUCAUUGUAGUUUCAACGUAUACAGCAAACAUGGCAGCUUUUCUCACCGUCAAGAGCUUUCCCGAAAGCAUCGAAUCCGUAGACGAACUAUCCAGGCAAACGCAAGUCAAGUAUGGCGUGACAAAACAAACGUCCGUUAGUGAUUUUUUUGAGCUAUCAUCUAUUGAAACGUAUCAUCGUAUGCACAACUAUAUGAGAACAACAGAUGGCGUCAUGAUGAAUACAACCCAAGAUGGAAUCAAUCGUGUAAAAAACAGCAAACCGGGGGAAUACAUUUUCAUAGGAAGCAAAGCUCUUCUUGAAUAUCCGUCGAGCCAGGAACCGUGCACGUCAAAAUUGGUAGGAGACACAUUCAACCGAGGUAGCUUCGGAAUAGCGAUGCCAAAAGGCAUGCCAUAUCUCAGAGACUUUUCUCUAGCAAUCCUCAAGCUGAAAGACAUGGGGAAACUAGAACAACUAGAAAGAAAGUGGUUGAAAAGUGGGCCCUGUUUGCAACAGAGUGAUGAUGACGAAUCGGACAAUCAAGAAGUUAAAAUAGCACAAAUGGCUGGAGUAUUUCUUCUCCUUAUUAUUGCUAUCUUGCUGUCGCUAUUGGUGGCGAUAGUAGAACGAUACGUGUGGCGAUGUAAAACAACAAAGCGACAACGACUGGGAUCCGUCAUCAAAAGAAAGAAUGAACACGUCAGGGAUCCAAAUCCUUCUUCAAACAAUAUAGUAAAUGGAAAUCAAAACGGCACGAUGAAAAUCCGGCCGGCCUAAGGCAAGAAUGAUAAAAUUACUGUUGACAAUAUCAUCUAAGGGUAUAAUUAACAUGUAGUCGUACGUUAUAGUACACUAACUUGUAAUGUAAGUAGAAACUCGACAAGCGUGAUUAAUAACAAUUGUCGAGGUUUGUAUCCGCUUAUAACUUAAACAGCAGAAUGG